AAUUAAUUUCGCCUCAUAAUCCAACUGAUGGUUAUGGUUAUAUCUGAUAGUAUUAUAGAAGCAUUUCAUUUGCAAUCAUCAACCUUAGGAAAACAAAUUUCUGUUUGGUUCCAAAUGUUUCUGGAUUUAUAAACUCAUUCCUCGAUGAGUUCUUAACUAAAAGAAACAACUUUGAGAAAAUUGAAGGAAUAUGUUUUAGGUUUUUUUUUUUAAAAUUGGAGGAAACUUCUCUCGAUAAAGGUACAACUUGGACACAAAAUACAGGUUCUAAAUUGACAUUAUGUAACCAAAGAAAUGAAAGCUCAAAGUCUAACUCAAUCAUUGUAGAAAUUACAUUUGAAAUUGCAGGAAAAAGGAAAAAGAAAUGUAAUAAAGAAAAAAGAACCGGUUAAAAACAAAGCGGAUAACUAUUUGCCUUUACACCGUUCAGUUUCUCUUCCGAAAUUCACUUUGUGUGGUUGAGUUCACCUCGUCAUGUCUUCGUUGGUUGUGGAGGUUGUCCAGGCCGAGAUCGGAGUUUUCCCCACAGCUUCCGUCCCUUGGCCUGACGAUGCAGCCCUUUACCAACCUUAUGAAAAGGAGCAAAUAUUGCUGACUGAUUCUGCUAACUGUCUGAGUGUGAAGACAUUUCUAAAAAUGUGUGGGUUGAAUUUUAACCUAGAACUGCGUGUCAAUGCCGAGGAAAUGUCUCCUUCAGGUAAAAUACCAUUUAUCAAAGUAGGACCAUUCCUGAUCUCUGAAAUGGACCCAAUUAUUGCAUUCGUUAACACCAAGGGCUUCCACAUCAGCAAUCAUUUAUCCGACUCUCAACAAUCUGAAAUGAGGGCCUACAUGGCCCUCGUGGAGAGCAUUCUUAUUAAUGCUGAGUUGUAUUUAUCAUGGUGCCAUGAAGAUGUAUAUUAUGAAAUUACUAAACCUCGAUAUGGAGCCUGUUAUCCUUGGCCCCUUAAUAUGAUAUUACCUUUGAAAAAGUUCACAGAGAUUAAAAAUCGGUUAAAUAGUAUCGGUUGGUUUAGCAAAUCCUUUGAUGAGGUGUGUGAACAGAUAAAGACCUGUUGUCAGGUUUUGUCUGAAAGACUUGGAAAUCAAACGUACUUUUUUGGAGACAAACCUACAGAAUUGGAUGCUCUGGUGUUUGGCCAUCUCUUUACUCUACUCACCACAAACCUACCUGUUGAUCACUUUGCUCUGAUCAUUCAGAAAUAUGACAAUUUGGUUGAAUUCUGUAAUAAUAUUCAAGCAACGUAUUACAAGUGAAAUAACUGGGGUUUGAACCAGCAGACUUAUUUAGCUGUUUUUUUUUUUUGUUUGUUGUUGAGAUAGUCUGUAUUUGAAAAUACACCUGUAGGUUGUUUCUAGUUCUGUGACAAAGAAUUAACUGAAUCCAGGUUUUCUCCUAUAAAUCUUGGACAGAGGAUAAGAUCUACGCUUGUAGAUGAGUCAGUUGGUGGGUGCUGUUAAAUCCACGUUCAUUGAGACAACAGGUCUUUCAGUGAGUUCCAUUUUAAACUGCUGAGAAGUGAGUUUCUCCUGCAAAUCUGUGAACUCCAAGAUUGGGGUCUGAGGAGAGUUUAAGAUUGUAAGUUGAAUUUGGAAAAGAAAUGGAAAUCAUUUCUGUUUUUUAUAACUAACAAACCCUUGCAUAAUUUAUUUUAAGACAUUUAGUUAUCUUUUAACAGUUUCAUAAAAUACUUUUUCUUGUUUUCAAUGUUGAUAUUUUGACGUUACUGAAUUCACUUUUGGGUCAAUACAACAGGCUAAAUUAUGAUUGUAUGGAAUGAUAAAGGAGCCCAUUGGAUUUCUCUUUGUGACCCCAAAAUCUACACAGGUUGUUUAUAAAUACAUUUAUAGAGAAAAAAAAAAGCAUUAAAAGAACAAUUGUCUUUUA